AUGAGAAUAAUAGUAAUAGUUUAUUUCAUACUAUCCAUUUAUUCAUUAAAUAUUUUACUCACAACUACUGAUUCUUGGGUUUCAAAAGAUAUAAGGUUUUUAUAUUCAUAUUUAAAAGAAAAUAAUCAUAAUGUAUUAUUGAUGGCUCCCCUAUAUGAAAAUAACCAGGAUGAUUUACCAAAUUUCCAAAAAAAAAUAGUGAGAGACGGUGGUGAAUUUGCUCAUUUAUUACCAGUGCAUCAAACAUAUUUCAAAAAAUUAAGAAAUUUGAGUAAUAAGGGAGCUAAAAAUGUAAUUAAAUUAUUUGAUUCAGAUUUUGAUCCAGUUUUAAAUACUCAAUAUGGUCAAGAUUCACUCGAUGAACACUGCUGGUAUAUAAACUCAUCACCUAUGAAUGCCUUAAGAAUAAGUUUGGAUAUAUUGAUACCCACAUAUUAUCCUGACUUUAAACCAGAUUUAGUUUUGGUAGGUCCUAAUCAAGGUUUAAACUCAAGUAGUAAAAUUGAUUUUGAUAAUUUUGAAAAAUACAGCUUAGUUUCAAUUUCACUUCAGGAUAAAUAUGAUUUGUAUUAUCAAAAUGAAAAGUAUUUUAAUAUUGGUUGGUUUAAUUCUGUUCAAUUAAUGAAACAUAAUACAUUUACAAAGAAUAUUAAAUUUAUAAAUAAGAAAAUUUUAAAUUUGAUAAAUUCGUUGGAUGUUAACAAUGGUCAAAUUAAACUAGAUAUAAAAUUUCCGUCAUUAAAUCAUGAUGAUUCGCAUUGUAUUACAUCAGCAUAUUCAGAUUUAUCAUAUAAACAAAUUGACAAUAGAGAUAAAAGAGAUCGUAUUGCAGAUUUUGAAAUAUCACAAUUUGAAUUAUUACCAUCUGGUGAAAUCAAAAAGAUUAAACAACAAGAAGAAGAAGAUAAUGAAGAGGAUAAUGAGAGUUCAAGGGAAUAUGCUAGUUUCAAAUUUAAUAAUGAUAGAUAUAAGCAAGAGAUAAUGCGUUUACCAAAAAGAACAACAAAGAAAUUGAAUAAUAAUAGAAAUGUUUACGAUUAUAUUUUAUCGAAUUGUAAUAUAGUGCUUGAAAAUUUGGCUAAUGAUGGAAAAUUAAAUUACGAAGAAAUACAUUAA